UUGGAACACCCAUCCCAUGAGCUACUGAAGGACAACAACUUCACCUGGCACAAGUACAAUUCUUACCGAGCCAAAUGCCUCAAGGAUCGUCGGAAGGUUGGGAUCGGGCAGUCUACAGAAAUGAAUACUCUUUUCAGGUUUUGGUCAUUUUUUCUUCGUCACCACUUUCACCAAAAAAUGUACGAGGAGUUCAGGCAACUUGCCAUUGAAGAUGCCAAUAAAGGGUUCAGGUAUGGCUUGGAAUGUCUGUUUCGGUUCUAUAGUUAUGGUUUGGAGAAAAGAUAUCGACCUGACUUGCUUGAGCACUUCCAAGAGGAGACCAUCAAAGAUUAUCAAAAUGGCCAGUUAUAUGGCCUGAAAAAGUUCUGGGCUUUCCUCAAAUAUUUAAGGAAACAUGUGCUGGUCGAUGGCAGGUUGAGGGGAUGGCUCAGCAAGUAUCAGAAACUAGAGGAUUUCAAAGUUGAGCCC